UCCUAUCUACAGAUGUUAACACAUGAUAGCGCACAUAAACAUCGGCUAUAUUUCAGCCCAACAUAUAAAUUACCAUGCGUAAAUUUAAUCUUUAUCAGAGGCCGUUAUCUCGCCUGAAUUUGAGCGGUUGCUUCGGAGGAUCCAUUUUCAAAUUGGGUUGGUAAUGCAAUGGCCCAAGCUACAAAGCUAGCAUCAUUAGCAUCCUCAAUACAUAUUGCAACUCCAAUAUCAGGGGCUUAUGGUUCAUCUAGCAGGAAAAGGACAUCAUAUUGCUCUCGUUUAAACCAUUGUGCUUGUAAACAAAUUGUAGUAUGCCAAACAACCGGUAAAAAUAAUCAAGAAUCAACCACCAUGCUGGAUCGAAGGUCAUUUGGCAUUGCCACAGGCGCCAUAGCUACAACCAGUGUUCUGAACACAAAGGAAGCGCUUGCUGGGAAAAGGAAGCCAGCUGUAGAGGAAGAAAAUAAGCCAAAGGAUGACCCGAAUAUGAGUGGGUUACAAAAAAAGGUGAUCGCUAGCAUUAGAAGGAAGGAAGCAAUGAAAGAAUCACUGGCAAAAUUAAAAGAAAGAGGUAAGGUAGAUGAAGACGUUAAAGAGUCAAAGUGAACAGACAAAUCAAAUCCUGCUGAACUGGUCAUGGAAACUUGUGCAUCUUCAUCAGUAUAUUAAACUCAGAUAUUUCUGUUGCGAGAACCAAAAUUCUUUACAUCCUCAUGCAUUUCCUUCACCUCAUUCUUGGACUAUGAUUUACAUCUGAAAGAAAAUUUUGGGGCAUACUAUCAACCCCUUUCUAGAAUUCAGUUCAACCUCUCAUUUCAUUGGGAGUCCAAUUUGUUACUUCACUUUUAGAUUCGUUAAGCCAUCUCUUAUCUAUUCUAGUUGUGAAUAUUGUGAUCUCGAGAAUAUUCAUAACAAGUAACAAAAGUUGAAGUAUCAUAGUAUCAGCAUUUCAUUUUGAAAUUAUCUUCUCUGAGCAUAUGAGAAGGAACUAUUUUCUUCUGA